UUGCACUAUAUUUAUGAGAAUUAACAACAGUUGAACAGUUGAGCUGAAAAAGAACAAAUAAUGGUUUCUGUUGUGAACUGAAACGUUCAAAAUAGUUCAACAAACGGUUCACAUUAAUCGUGUGAGCCCGGCUUCAUGUUGACAUCAUUUGGUGAAUCGUGUUGUCCUUUCAGUGAUGUCAAGUCCAUAACAGCGGUCUGUUUUGGAUAUUGCGUUGUUCCUGUGAGAUUUGCUAUUUUAAGCUAUGGAGCUCGAAAAUCUUAAUCCAAAUGUAUAUAAAAAGUCAGACGACCGAAAAAGUGUUGCAGCUGAUUGGAAUGACAAUGUCGACGAUCCCUUUGAUGAGCGCGAAAUUUUCGACCUUAUCCGUUUGAUCAACGAUCCGGAGCAUCCACUGACAUUGGAAGAAUUACAUGUGGUUCAGCAGAAUCUUAUCAAGGUUGACAAUGAACAAAAUGAAGUUUUUGUCAAUUUUACACCCACAAUUCCACACUGCAGCAUGGCCACACUGAUUGGCCUGUCAAUAAGAGUGAAACUGUUACGAUCCCUACCGCCUCGAUUCAAAGUAACGGUCGAAAUAACACCCGGAACACAUACAUCGGAAAUUGCUGUGAAUAAGCAAUUAGCUGAUAAGGAGAGAGUUGCAGCAGCCCUCGAAAAUAGUAACCUCAUAAAUGUUAUCAAUCAAUGCAUUGCCAUUUGAUUGUACUUAUUGUUGACCAGAGAUACUUCACAGCUUUGUUACUUAGCAUAAGUUUAAUUUUUGUUGUAGAGAAAUGUAAUAAAUCAAACGAAAUAAAUGUUGUGGAACAAAUAUGA